CUCAAACAUGGCGGUAAACUUCUUCAGCAAGACUACUUACACCCCCAAGGAACUGGACCUUUAUUUUGGUUCUUAAUGGCCACAUUUGGUUGGAGUUACAAGUCAAAUGCAAGUGGAAGCAAACGUCCCAGUGAACAAUCGAGAAAAGUUGAGAGCUGGCAGGAGAAACGCGCCGAUGACACGCCGAAACCCCUACACCCCCAGUCGCAUUCUGCUGAAACUUUAACAGCAGGAACCCAACCCGCAAGGAAAAAAUAUGACCCAAGAGCCAAGAUAUUUGUUGGUAACUUAGACUGGGAAACUAAAGAAGUAACCAUUGCUGAAAUAUUUUCUACCUUUGGAGAAAUAGAGGCAGUUAAGCUCAUCAAGGAUCAUGAAACUGGCAUUUCAAGAGGGUUUGCCUUCAUUACAUUCUGUGAAGUGGACUCUGCUGUGAAAUGUAAAACAUGGUGUGCUUAUAACCAUUUGAAAAUUGAUGAUAGAAAUGUAACUGUGAGGGCUGCUGAGCGUCGACAGACUAAUUAUGCAGCAAUUGAAAAGAGGAAAUGUGCAGAGGAUAAUAACCCCACAUUAUACUGGGAGUACAAAUGGGCUGAGGACCCCAAAUCAGAGGUUUAUGGUCCCUAUGAGACAAGUUUGAUGUUACAGUGGUCUAAAGCUGGAUAUUUUGACGCAGGUUGUUGGGUGCGAGAACACGUGACCAAACAAAGUGACGAGAACUCAUCUGAACCUUCAUGUAAGACAGCGAGACUAGUGGAUCAAAGUUAUUCCGAUUCGAGUGAUUCUGAGGAUGAUACACCGUCUGUGGGGCACCCUGAGGAAAAUGAAUUUCUUCAUGUGUCUGAGAUAGAUUUCUCUAUAUUUCCAUGAGUAAGUGCAACGCCUGGAACAUCAGACAGUUUGAGUGUUAACGGAGUAUGUGACACAUCGGCAUCGGUGAGAUCAUUGGUAGUAUUGGAAGGAUAGCUAAAUGAAAGAGGAAAUUCAUUUUAUAUUCAAACUUUGAGUGGCCAGAUAGUCCUGCUCGCCGUCUUUUGUUUAUUUCGUCACGCAAUGCAUUCUAAUCAGGACUAGCGGCGAGAGACUGUCACGACAAUAACAACAUGAAACCUUAAGCAAGACAGGUCACUCAUAUUGAUAUCUACCUUUGAACAAAUGAAGGACGAAUAGCAUAAAACAUUACAUCAUUACUUCACCGUGUUCAAAAUAUGUUUUUCUCGAAGUUUGGCCCACAGACGUCUGUUUGUUUACAUCGAGCACUAGUAAGGUUUAUUCAAGUGAGCUGUGGUUGAAGUUUUUGACACGUCAGCUACUUUGAAGACUAUUCUCUAAAUUUUUAGACCCCUCGUUAUAUCAUUCGAAAGAAAUGGUUUCAUGUUUAGUUCUUGUAAGCUAGUCAAACUUGCUGAUGGUUAAAUUUAAAUUUUAGUUACGCGAACAAAUCAAGAACCUGAUCUAUCAGACCUAAAAUUACCGCUUCAUUGAACAUUACACUUUGUCAAACUAAUUGACUGUGUCAAAGUGUCAUUUAAAUUCUAAAAUCUGUUUUAUCUUCCUUUAACGGCUGGCGGUGAAUCUAAAUGGACUAAAAUGAAUGAAGAACCUCGUAUCACAAUUUCGGCUGGCUGUCUUAUAUGUGAAAAACGUCAAAAUUCCCCCGAUCACAAAGCAUCCCAAACCAUCUCAAGGAUUAUAGGUUAAUACAAAAGGAAAUGAUGUUCCAUUGUUUUCUCUUGCUUAAAAAUGGAACAUUUGGUUAUUUACCCGAGGUCUAAACAGAACCACGGUUUUACGCAUUCAGUGGGCCUUAGGCUUUCUCCAUAAAAUGGUUGAUUUACUUAAAUAAAUUUCCUUCUACUUUAAGGUUUUUUGGCCCUCGUGACGCUCUUCACAAAAAUAAGCGUUCAGAUAAAAGGUUGAGCUAAAUUGAGGAUUGUUUAGGACGGAGUUUCGUUUAGCAACGGCAAAACUUUGUUAACCGGCCCUUCAAGCAUUUUACAGAGGCAGUACGAUUCAUGGUAUAGCUAACCAAAAAGGAAUAAUUAUACGAAACGCCGAACUGACCGCAAUCAGAUGUUGACGUUAUUUUCAUCAACUUGUCGCCCAUUUCUAUUUGCUUUUCUGUCUAGGCUUGAAUAAUACGUGUAAAAUGAGCAACAAAGAUAAGCGGUACUAUUUCUGUUCACCGAGAAUCUGUUCAACCACAGUUUGCACUUCUGGGUAAGGCCUUCUAAAUCAAAUUCGUUUCUGUCGGCCCGGAAGAACUAACUGUCGUAGAUACCACGGGCAUGUUUCUUUUGAACAGAGGUCAUUUGAAAAUAAACGGAGCAUGGAACGGUUUGUAAUCAAUGAUUUCGAAUGAAUGAGGAAAGUAGUGAUCUGA